GAGAAGAUGGCGCUAAGCUCCUGUGGAACCGCUGGAUCAUCGAAAAUUCAGAUAAAGUUUAUUGAAGGCCACAGGUAUCCAGUCCAUAGGCUCUCGCAGUUUUCAUGCACCCAAAAUUGCCAAUCAUUUCGAACAUGUCCAAUAAGAAGAGCAACCAUUGCACAUUUCAGUGAACCAAAUAAAAAGAUGGUGCAUAUGAAUCGUUUCACAAAGAGGCUUUGGGCUUCUCUUCCUGAGCCAGUGAAAGAGUUUCCUUGGAGGAAAGCAGAGGAUCUGGUGCUGCAGCACUUGCUGAUACUUGGAGAGAAAGCAUUGAAGUGGUCUUUGAUUACAGUGUUCAUUUUUAGCUUCUUAUCCGAUGUAAUAUUUGCUGUCGUGAGAAAUAGAGAAUUGAUGGUACCUCUCGGUCUUUUCAUUGGCUGCACAAUCGCUGACUUCCUGAAGGAGACUUCUCAGGAAUUGUUUCAAGGCACCAAGGAAGAAGGUUUGAGAUGGCACCUUCUGGGCAUUGGUUCUUUGUUUGUUCUUGUUAAGUUUGUCUCCGUGUAUUUCACAGUACAAGGACAUGUAUUUCUUGCCCAUGUUGGGAACGGCGGAUUGAUGCAGGUUCAAUGGUUAUGGAGAAAAGUACUGGAGGAAAGAGAAUCUGUUAAUGUGGAGCUGUCGCACCAAAAUGCUUCUAAAUCCAUCAAUGUAGAAGGUUGAAAGGCACAUUUGGUUCUCUGCUUUCAAGAGGGAUUUUUGACAAUGCUGAAAUUUUGUUCUUUAGCAUUUCUUCCUUUU